AUGGCGGUGGUGAGGCCGCGGGAGGAGGCCAACGGGGCAGCACCGGGAAGUCGGGAGGAAGAUGCACGGGAGGCGGAUGAUCCUAGUGGUGGGGAUGCGAGCAGCCAACGACGACGAGCGCGGGGCGGCGGCGCCGGUUGGAGACAGGGCGGGGGCGGGGGCGGCAGCCGGAUCCUGGCCGGCGGAGCGGUGCGCGGGGUUACAGCGGGCGGCGGCGGCGUGCUGGUGGGGGAAGGCGCCGAUGUGUCGGGGUGGAGUGGAUCGAGGGACUACGGGAGGUGGGGAUCGAGGGACUGCGGCCUGCGGGAGGUGGGUCGUGGGGAUUUUUUUUCUUCCUUCCAGCGUGUUCGGAAACUCGGGAACAUCUGA